AUGGGGUUCGGCGGGAUAUUGAGGUGUGGUCAACCAAAAGACAUUGGCCAUAAUCUUAUCACAGCAUUGAUUGCACGAUGGAGGCUAGAGACUCACACGUUUCACUUUCCAGUCAGUGAAGCGACAGUGACAUUAGAAGACGUGGAGGCCUUAUGGGGCCUCAAAGUUGACGGUGAUGCUCUGACGGGUUACAUCCCUACCAAGGAUGUCAACUAUUGGAAGCAAAUUUCUCUGGAUUAUCUUGGCUUUAUUCCAGAUGUAGUUGAUUUUAAAGAAAUGGUUUGGAAGCAGACAAGCUUAUCAAAUCAACUGAGGAUUGAGUUGAGUGAUGAACACGACCAGUACAUAUAUGUUCAACGUGCUCGUGUUUAUUGUCUGCUGUUACUUGGUGGUCUGAUGAUCCCGAACGCAUCCGGAUAA